AUACAAGAUACUCGAGCUUUUCUUCGUGUUGAGAUCUACAGACUAUUUGUCCCUAUCCCUACAUCAUUACCUAUACCUUGAUCUGCAUGUUGCUCGAUAAAGCCAUGUACACCAAGGAGCCUCAACAUGUGUAUCGCUCCUCAGUUAAAAUUACCAUUCCUCGCAACAUCAACCUCACGGAGUUGCUUCAUACAAGCGCAUGCACACCUCCUCUGCCUCCAUCACAUUUGAUCGCCAAGGACAACCUCACAAAUCGCAGUUUGACCCUUGGAGAACUUCGCUCGCGGGCUGGGCGACUAGCAAAAGGCCUGCGAUGCGUGUUAGAUGCGCAAGACGGCCAUCGACACGCUAUUAUUAUUCCAAAUUCAGUAGACUAUAUAGAGACUUUCCAUGCAGUGCUCUGGACUGGAGGUGUAGCCUGCCCGAUCAACCACGCAUUGAAGCCAGCUGAGAUCGCUCAUGGACUCUGUGUCUCACGACCUCACAUUGUUAUCGUCUAUGGAGAAGUAUUGCCGAAAGUUGAGCAAGCUAUCGAAAUCGCAAGGAAUGCAUUACAGAAAGAGGGUACUGUCUGGAAAAGACCGCAAGUUAUAACCGCAGGCAAGAAAGUCAAGGGAUACAAGCACUUGCCACAAGAUUUGAUGGCAGAAACAAGUCUACCGAUUCCGCAUUGGGAGGAUACGUCCACACGUCUAGCAUCCAUACACUUGUCUUCUGGAACGACCGGUCUGCCUAAGGGUGCACAGCUGACACACUACAACUUCGUCGCCAACUGUCAUCAAUUAUACGCGCACGAUCCCAAACAAUUCCAUAAGGCGAGUAGAACAGUCGCCUUCACACCAUUUGUGCACAUAGGCAUGACCACAAUGCCGCUCUUCUUCGGGCCAUGGACGGGCAUGAUGCACCAUGCAAUGCCAAGUUUUGAUCUAGAGACUUUCGGACAACUUGUACAGUCGAACUCCGCAACGAGUUUCCAAGGUGUGCCGUCUAUUGUGUUAGCUCUCGCUCAUACAGACAUAUGCGAGAAAUAUGACUUCUCGAGCGCGCAAAUCAUUAACUGUGGUGGUGCGCCGUUCAAGCAAGAUCUAAUGGACAGACUUCUGAGUCGUGCACCUUGGAAACCAAUUCAGCUCUAUGGCAUGACAGAAGCAGCGCCUUUUAUCGCAUACCAGAGGCUUGAUGAAGAUCUUCCAGAUGGAGUUGUUGGGCACCUACUUCCCAACAUUGAAGCGGUAUUGAAGCAAGAGAACUCAACUCAUGACGCAAACAAAGGUGGACCGGGAGAGCUUUGGAUCCGCGGUCCCAACCUCUUUCAAGGAUACGCAUUUAAUGAAGAGGCGAACCGAAAAGCAUUUCCGAUUCCAGGAUGGUACAACACGGGGGAUAUCUGUACUAUUACGGAAACUGGCUUAAUAUCCAUUGUUGGACGUACGAAGGAGCUGAUAAAAUACAAGAAUUUCCAAAUUAGCCCGACAGAACUCGAAGCAUAUCUCAACUCGCACCCAUAUGUCGCUGAAGCAGGUGUCGCAGCAGUAUGGGAAGAAGAUCAGCUUACGGAGCUGCCUAUCGCGUACGUUGUUCUGAAGAAGCUGUUCACAACGCUCUCCGAGAAGGUGUGCGCACUUCGUCAAAUUCAUAAAGAUAUCAAUGACCAAGUUAGUGGCUACAAGAAGCUUCGAGGUGGUGUCUGGGAAGUUACGCGCAUCAUUAGAAACCCGACGGGAAAGAUACUACGGAAUCGAUUACGGGAGUAUAGGACUGGACUAUCGUCUUUGGAAGACGCGGAUGUAAAGGCAAGACUGUAAGGGUUGACAAGUCUUAUGUAUCUCCCAAAAACAACAUGACUAUAGAAGAACAUUCAUUGGUGAUUGGAA